AUGUCCAACAGCAGCUUCCUCACUGAGUUCCUUCUCCUGACAUUCGCAGACAAACGGGAGCUGCAGCUAUUGCACUUCUCGCUGUUCCUGGGUGUCUGCCUGGCUGCCCUCCCGGGCAACGUGCUCAUCAUCACAGCCGUAGCCUGCGACCACCGCCUCCACACCCCCAUGUACUUCUUCCUUCUCAAUUUGUCCAUCCUGGACUUUGGUUCCAUCUCCACCACAGUCCCCAGAUCCAUGGCCAGUUCCCUGUGGAACACAAGGGCCAUUUCCUUCUCAGGAUGUGCUACCCAGGUCUUUCUAUUUCUUUUCUUCAUUUCUUCAGAAUAUCAUCUUCUCACUGUCAUGGCCUAUGACCGCUACAUUGCUAUCUGCAGACCCCUGCACUAUGGGACACUCAUGGGCAGCAGAACUUGUGUCAAAAUGGCAGCAGCUGCCUGGGGCAGUGGUUUUCUCAAUGCAGUGCUGCACACUGGAAACACAUUUUCAAUUCCACUCUGCCAAGGCAAUGUUGUGGAGCAGUUUUUCUGUGAAAUUCCCCAGCUCCUCAGGCUCUCCUGCUCUGACUCCUACUUCAGGAAAGCCGGGGUUACCGUGGUUAGCUUUUGUGUAGCUUGUGGGUGUUUCGUGUUCAUCGUGCUGUCCUACGUGCAGAUCUUCAGGGUCGUGCUGAGGAUCCCCUCUGAGCAGGGCUGGCACAAAGCCUUUUCCAUGUGCCUCCAGCACCUCACUGUGGUCUCCCUGUUUGUCAUCACUGCAGUGUUUGCCUACCUAAAGCCCCCAUGCAUCUCCUCCCCAGCUCUGGAGCUAGUGGUGGCUGUUCUGUACUCAUUGGUGCCUCCAACAGUGAACCCUGUCAUCUACAGCAUGAGGAACAAAGAGAUCAAAGAGGCACUGAUGAAAUUGGUUCAACGUAUAGUAUUUUACCAGUCAUAG